AUGAAUCAUGUCCUCGUCGAUGGUAAAGCCCUUGCGGACUUCCUAACUUGCUGGAGUGAUGUGGCUCAAGGCAGGCCGCCGUCGAUUCUUCCCUUUCUCAAUCGAUCGGUGUUGUGCCCAAGGCAACCUCCGUGUGUCGAUCUCCCCCACCAUGAAUAUGCUCCGAUAGAUCGGCCAUCUGAAAAGAUAGUCGACUGCCGAACCAAACCCCAUGUUUACAGAUCAUUCGACUUCGAACCACACACUCUCAUUCAACUCAAGAAAGUGUCAACAAUCACAACCCAAGAUGGCUCUUCCAUAGUCCCUACGAGCUUCGAAGUCAUAUCGGCGCUCGUGUGGAUUGCACGAACCAAAGCUCUUGGAAUGGAUCCUCAUGAGACAACAAAGCUUCUCACUGCGGUCGAUGGUCGACCCAAGUUCGACCCGCCGUUGCCAAGCGGCUACUUUGGGAACGGCAUUGCUUGGUCAUGCGCCGAGUGCAGUGCGGGCGAACUGACCUUUAAGCCCUUCUUGUUUGCCGUUCAGACCGUGCAAGAGGCGCUCCGAUGCGUCACCGAGAGUUACAUACGGUCGGCCAUCGACCACGUUGAGCUGAACAGGGUUGUGGUCGACUACGAGGGCAACGCUUGCUGCAUCAGCAAGUGGAGUCGGCUCUCUUUCUACGAGACGGAUUUCGGGUUCGGGAGGCCGUUCCAAGUGGCGCCGACCAUGGUCCCCCACAACCUCGUCUUGGUCGCUUCCCAGAGCGAGGAGAGCGACAACUUGGUUGUGUCUCUGGGGCUUCCUCGUGAUGCCAUGGAUGUUUUUUCAAAGUUGAUUCAGUCUGAACUCGCUUUGAUGAACAAGUACUAA